UGUUUAUACAUCCAGAAGCGUUUGGAGUCAUGCCACCGAGAAAGAGCAGAGACAAAGAGGUUCAGCCAGCCCAGGCUGACCAUGCAGACGAUAGUCCACUCCACUCUGAGGGCGAAAAUGAUCCCAUCACUUUUCUCCCAGUGUCACCUCUAGCAGAACGGUCCUAUGGGAAUCCAGUGUUUAAGGAGAAAGAAGCAGACCGUGGAGGUGACUUUGCUGAAUCAAGUAAUGUGUUUAGAGGUAUGAUGGAACAUCUGGAUUUAGCAUUCAAAGAAAAGAACCAGACUAUGCAGAGGCUAGUUGAGAGUCAAGCAGAAUCCUCCAGACGUCAGGAAGAGAUAAUCAGACAAUGUAUGGAAGACAUGAGACGGGUCUUUGAGGAAGGCACUAGGGUGAUGCAAGAAACUGGGGAAGAAAGUCGCAGAACACUGCAGGCUGUUUCAAAACAAGUGGUUGAGCAAGUGCGACAGCCCAGACCUGAGAUUCCUCCUCCAGUCAAUUUCUUCAUGGGUGAAGGACAAAGACAGCAUGAACCAAUGGAGGCUACUGCUCCUGUUGCAGACCAUGGCCAUCAACCUCAGCAUAGGCAUGUUCCACCAGGUAGGAAGGGAAAUAUGGGUCCUCAUCAUCAACCCUACCCAAGGGAUUUUUUCCAGCCACAAGUUCCUCCAGCCCAGCCGGUACAGCGCGGUCUGCAGAAUCACCCAGCUCAAUUAUUCAAUAGAGAUCAGCUAAUAGAUCUGUGCAUGAGUUCACUUUUAUUUUCUGGUGAGGUUGGUCAGUCCACUAUUGAACAUAUUGGACGCUUCACAAUACAAUGUGGAGAGGCGUCUGGAGAUGAUAACUUGAAAUUCAGACGGUUCCCUAGCUCUUUGACUGGGACAGCCCUUACAUGGUUAGCCCAAAAGCCUGGAGAGUCGUCUGAGGCAUUCCUUGCGAGAUUCCGGAGAGCCAAACUGAAAUGUAGAGUUGCACUGCCAGAACAAGAGUUUGUCAAGCUGGCUCAGAAUGUGGCUCGGUAUGAAAAUCUGCUGAAAGAAGAUGUUCAAAAGAAAGUUGCAUCACAUGGAACCUAUUACAGUGACCCUAAUUUUGAUCUUGAUGUGGCUGAGGUUGUUAUAGACAAGCCUGUUGUUUGUCCAGACCUUGUCAGACCAACUCACCAGCCUGAGACGUCUGUGAGACGUUAUGUUGGUGAGGCUGGAAAACCGUAUACUUUUGAUGUGUCAAAAGCUAGUGAUAUAUUUGACCACCUUAAAAAGAGUGGUUUGAUUAAGCUGCCGCCGAAACAUAACAUCCCGACAGCGGCUGAAAUCGGAACUAGAGAUUAUUGCAAAUUUCAUAAUUCUUGGAAGCAUUCUACUAAUAAUUGUCUUAUUUUUCGUAAUAUCUUGCAAGAAAAGAUUGAUAAGGGUAUCUUGAAAUUUCCAGACAAAGCGAAGGAAACCAUGGGAGUGGAUGCAGAUCCUUUUCCAGCUGUGUCUGUGGGCGUGAAUGUUGCAGACCUCAGGAGUGUUGCUAGAAAUCGCAGUCUGCCUUAUGCUCAAAGGAACCUUGCUGCAGAAGACUUAAGGUGGGUUCUUGAGGCGCAGAGAUCCAGACAUAGCAAGAGCGUUAGGUCAGACCAGCAGAGGCUCGGGGGCCAAGAAAGGAUCACUGUGACCAGGAACUUCAGUCAAGAAGGUGCCAGACGUUAUUCAAUUGGUACUAGAUCUCCAAGGAUGGUCAAACUACCACUCAGCGCAAGAGGGAUGAAGAGCGAAAAAGACACCAGAAGCAAGUGGAGGCUGAAGCAAGUGGAGGCUGAGGGAAGUUCAUCUCGCAGACCACGCCAACCUACCAAAAGGAAUAUGGUCUGGGUGAGAAAAGAGAAAAAGGAGGCUGUAACCCAGACUCUACAGAAGGAGGAUGACCAAUCUUCAGCCUCUCCAAAGGUGGCGUCUAUCAUUAAUGAGGAGGAACCAAUCGUCUGUGAGUUCCCAGAACAGACAGAAGAAGAGGUAAUCGUUGUUCCAGCUCAAGAUGAUGAAAAGGAGGACAUGGCUGACAAAAUUGUGUUUGAAAAACCAAAAGAAAAGAUGGCCAGACACAUUAGGCCACUUUAUAUCAAUGCUCACAUGGAUGGGACUCCAAUCAGCCGUGUCUUGAUUCAUUCAAGUUGGUGUGUCCCUUCUUCACUUCACCAGAAACUGAUUUUCUGGAAUGGUGGCAAGGCUGAGGUCGUGUCUGCAGAUGAUAAGCCUUUUUCAGCCAACACUCACCUGGUGGAGGCUAGAUAUUAUGAAGAAGACAUUGGUACCAUUCAGUUUUUUGGGAUGGAUAGACAUGGGAAACCGAUUGGGAUAACAGCAUGCAGCAGACUGUCUUUGUCUAAGCAUGUUGUGGAGGAAGAAAGAGAAAAGGCCGUGUUGGAGAUAACAAAGAAAUUAGCGGCCUAUUUUGCUGAAAAAGCAGUUCAAGUAGACAGGUCUGAAAUUGUUCAUGAAGGUGAGGAGGCAGACCAAGGUGAUGAAAUAACUUUGGAGGAGCUAGAUCUGGCCCCAGCCAAGUUGGAUGAUUUAAAAGCUGAAGUUCAAGACCCAUUGGAAGAGAUCAAUCUAGGGUCUAAAAGUGAACCAAAGGUAACAUUUAUCAGCGGCUCUCUUGAGCCGCAGACACGAGAUCAAAUUGUCAGACUUUUGUAUGAAUUUAAAGACUGUUUUGCUUGGGAUUACUCAGAAAUGCCAGGUCUGGAUCGAAAAUUGGUGGAACAUAAAUUGCCAAUUGUAGAAGGAUUCAGACCGUAUAAACAGCCGCCUAGACGCAUGUCUGCAGAGGUCACUUUGAAGGUGAAAGAAGAAAUUGAGCGGCUGAUAAAAGUUGGAUUCAUUCGGACAUGCAGGUAUGCAGAUUGGCUAUCAAAUGUAGUGCCUGUGCUGAAAAAGAAUGGAAAAUUAAGAGUCUGUGCUGAUUUCCGAAACUUGAAUUUAGCUACACCAAAGGAUGAGCAUCCUAUGCCAAUUGCAGACUUGUUAGUUGAUGGAGUAGCCCGUCACAAAAUUCUAUCUUUCAUGGAUGGUCAUAGUGGGUACAACCAAAUUUUUAUUGCAGACGCAGACGUUCCUACGAUAGCCUUUCGAUGCCCAGGUGCUGUUGGAACUUUUGAAUGGGUUGUGAUGCCAUUUGGUCUGAAGAAUGCUGGAGCUACCUAUCAAAGAGCCACGAAUGCAAUUUUUCAUGAUAUGAUUGGUAAAUUCAUGGAAAUUUAUAUUGAUGAUGUUGUGGUGAAAUCAAAUGGGGAAGCAGACCACCUGGUUCAUUUAAGGAAGUCUUUUGAGCAGAUGAGGCAACAUGGCUUGAAAAUGAACCCAUUUAAGUGUGCCUUUGGAGUGUCUGCGGGUAACUUCCUUGGGUACUUGGUGCAUGAGCGUGGUCUGGAGGUUGAAAAGAACAAAGGCAGGGCUGUGAUUGAGGCGAAACCACCACAGAACAAGAAGGAGUUGCAAAGAUUUCUUGGCCAAGUUAAUUUCUUAAGACGUUUCAUUUCUAACUUGGCUGGGAAAACCAGAGUCUUUUCUCCUCUGUUGAAACUCAAGUCUGAGGCGGAUUUUAAGUGGGAAGAACUCCACCAGUCUGCCUUUGAUAUGAUAAAGCGGAGAGGCAAUGAUGAACUACUGCUGCGUUGUCUGGGUCCAGAUGAAAGUUUCCAGAUGCUGUCUGAUGUCCAUGAUGGGAUUUGUGGUGCACACCAGGCUGGAAUCAAGAUGCGUUGGUUUCGCAGACAUGGCUUCUUCUGGCCGUUUGUCCUGAAAGACUGUAUUGCUUAUGCUAAGGGCUGCAAAUCUUGUCAGAUCCAUUGGCCACUUCAAAGAGUUCCAGCCUUUGAACUUAAUUCUAUUGUGAAACCAUGGCCAUUUCGAGGCUGGGCUAUUGACUUAAUUGGUAAGGUGUAUCCCCCUUCAUCAAAAGAUCAUUCAUUUAUUAUAGUGGCAACGGAUUAUUUUACCAAAUGGGUGGAGGCUAAACCAAUGAAGAAGGUAAACCAAUCUGAUGUAAUCAAGUUCAUCAAAGAGAACAUUAUUCACAGAUUUGGUCUAUCAGAAACAAUUACAACAGACCAAGGCACAGUUUUUGUCAGCCAUCAGGUGGAGGCAUUUGCAAAGGAAAUGGGUUUACGUUUGUUAAAUUCUACUCCUCAUUAUGCACAAGCUAAUGGGCAGGCGGAAGCUUCUAACAAGGUGGUGAUUAAUUUGCUUGAAAAAAUGGUGGAUGACAAUCCCAGACGCUGGCAUGAAUUAUUGUCUAAAAUACUGUGGGCUUAUAGAACUUCACAAAGGAGUUCAACCAAAAUGACACCUUUUGCCUUGACAUAUGGCCAUGACGUAGUCUUGCCAAUGGAGAUAACAGCCAGGUCUUUAAGGGUGAUGAUUCAGCAUAAUCUCCAGUCUGGAGAAUAUGAUGAGGCCAUGAUGCUUGAGCUUGAGGACCUUGAAGAUUCACGUUUGACAGCUUUGGAUAGAUUGCAAGCCCAAAAACUCAAAGUUGCAAAGUCUUACAACAAGAGGGUAAAAGGUAAAAAUCUGGUAGUUGGUGACUUGGUCUGGAAAGCAAUUUUACCUCUUGGCAAGAAAGAUCACAGAUUUGGGAAGUGGUCUCCAAAUUGGGAAGGACCAUUCUGAAUUCAUGAAGUGUUGAGAGGGAGUGCUUAUUGGUUGGAGCCACUUGAUGGAGAGCUUCAUCCCAGAAAAAUCAAUGGAAUUUAUCUCAAGCCUUAUUACCCUACAGUCUGGGAGGCAAGAGGCUUAGAGUCACAAUAAGCUAUCUGAACCAGGUUUAUACUUCUGUCUGUGCACAAAUAAGUUGAUUUGCUUUCA